UAGCGCCCGGAAAACUACAGCAGCUCUUUUGAAAUCAAUAAAGCAUGGAGAAUUAAUGGCUAGCGAAAAUCCAGGCUGUUUUAUUUGGCUCAUAAGUUUAAAGAAGUCUUGCAACGAAAGGUUUGCAAGAUUUCGAAACCGCUUGCGCCAAAGAUACUAUGCAAGAAGAGGCAAGACUCUUGACCCAGAAACCCUGUUAAAUGAAACAGGUACUGCUGACAUGGUCGUCGGAAAGAUUGCUGGCAAGUCAAACAAAGUCGUUCCUCAAAAGUUGCCAUCUAAGAAUGACGAUGCUGUUGAUACAGAAAAUGCAACAGUGGCAGAGAUCAUUGCAGACGACAAUUCCACAGCAGACGACAGACUUGUUGCAGAAUACGUGACAGGCAUCAUAAACAAGGCAGCCGACAGUCUGAGACAGGAGUUGCCUAGCAACACAACGACUGUAACUGUGAGGCCAGCAGACGACAACGUAUCUUUGUCCUCCAGUGUCAUAAGCCAAAUUGCUGAUAUGGCUGUCACGGAGAGCCUGUCAAAUAUUGUGACAGCUGCCAACAUCAACCAGUCUGCUAUUAGAAAGGCUAAAACUAUCAAAGAAUUCAAGGAAGCAUUCGGCAUAACCGGAUGUGACGUCACUGAUGACGGUCUUCCACCUGUAAGCGUGUAUGAGUACAAGAAUAAGAAAGAAACUGCGUUCGUGUGUGUGUUUGUGUGUGUGUGUUAUUUUUGUGCGUGUAUUGUUUAUUUGAAGGAAGACCCUCAAAACUAA